ACGCACGUUUGCAAAAUAAGCGGGCACAGGGAAUGUGAACUCUGAAGCUGAUUUUAUUGUUAAAGCUUAUAACCUAGCGUUUCAGCGGUUAAAUAUCAUGUCGGUACUGAGGCCACUAAGUAAAUUACCCGACAUAAAUGCAGCGAGUGUCCUGCUGGUGGAGAAUGAAGAGGACUUCCAGCAGAAAUUGGCAGGCGUAAUGGUGAAGGAAAAAUCCGUUAUGGUCAAAGUGAGGCUGGCUAAGAGCCUGCCACUGCCCGCCAAAAACGAGCAAAACCGUCCGAGGAUAGACCUGGUCGUCUUCCUCAUCAACCUCAUGUCAGCGCUCAGUUUGCAGUCGGCUGAAGCCUCUCUGAAGCACUUGGGCCAAGGCUAUUUUCUGGGGAAGGUUUGCUUCAUGGUCACGAACGCGCGUCACGCAGCCUUACCGGCAGAGCGUAUGCUGGCCGUCAGGAAGCUGGCGUCGGGUCUCCGCUGUCCUCUUCUGUAUGCAGAAGAUCAGACACCAGAUGGCGUCACCAACGCGGCAGAGAGGCUGCUGGUGAUCCUCAGGGUGGCGGCAGGGUGCGUUCCCAUGACAACAGCGCUGUUCCUGUCCAAUCUGACCAGCUGCAUCGUCCCCACGGAGGAGGAGGAGCAGCAGAACUUGGAUUUCGACGCCUGAACCCACCCUCCAUCUUCAGGUGUGCUAUCGUUGUCUCUUCAGCAUCAGGCCUCCACUCAAGGCUGCUGAGGAGUUCCGAGCACCACUUCUCAUUGGGAUUCAGGACGGCUCCAUAGGUCUCCUUCCAACAUACUCUGUGUGUGUGUGUGUGUGUGUGUGUGUGUGUGUGUGUGUGUGUGUGUGUGUGUGUGUGUGUGUGUGUGUGUGUGUGUGUGUGUGUGUGUGUGUGUGUGUGUGUGUGUGUGUGUGUGUGUCGGGUCAACAAUACACAAUUACACCUCAAAAUUUAGACAUUAAAAGUCGUCUUAUUGAACAUGAGAUUGACAUUACAGGGUUUGUUUUUUCACAAAAUAAAAGCACCGUGACUUGUUAAUCCACUGAACUCCUAGCUCAAAGGUCACCUUGUCAUGCAGGAGAUAAUCUUAUGGUGAUAAUAUUGAAGAGUAGCAGGUGUUUGUAAUUCUUAUGUAUUAUGGUACUACAGUAUUUUAAUUAGUCCAACUUUUUCUUGAUGGUGAGAUGCUGCAGAGGGUCACGUAUGUAUCAUCUGGUGUGAGAUGAAGUACGUAGUAGACUGUUUGGAGCUACAGCAAUGACCUUCAUAAUUCUUUUGAAUGUGAAUCAGUUUUGAUACUCUGCCAGUUGUUGAGGCAGUAGCAGUGGCAAUGCUAAAAGGUUAUGGAUGGUGUGAGGUGACUAAUGAAUCAAUACGUUUGGAAUGGGAGAAUGUCAGUAUGCUUAAACAGUCAAGCCCAAUCGUGAUAUGAUAAGGUAGAAAAUGAAACUGAUAUGUAUUAAAAAAAUAUAAUAGGGGGAACACUAUUACCCCUAGCCAAGGCUCAACGUGGCCUGGGAUAUUAAGCAACCGAAUCAAGCGUAAAUGAAACUGGAAACUAUCAAACUUUUAGUAGCCAACUAUGGCUAGUUUUGAAUUUCAAAUCAAAUACUUAUACAAAAUAAGCCAGUAUACAAAUAUGUACAUGCUUGACUGAUUAUUGUUUGAUUGGACCAUUUACAUUUCCGUUUAAGAGGAAGAUGCUAAAAUAUUUAGUAAAACCACACAAAUCACAGUAAACUGAAUCUUUUUAUUACUAGAAUUGUGUUGCCUGUGAAGGAAAACUACGAUAAACAGUGUUUAAUUAGCAUACUUUUAUUUAAAAUUGGGCCACCGAAGCAGGACCAGGGUGGAUCACUGGUGAAGUGAUUACCCGGAGAAUCCCAGCUCUUUGUAGGUGGCAUCAAUGUCGGCAAUGACCGCAGACAUCACUUUCCUCAGAGCUUCCUGCCCGGCAGCAUCAAGCCCCGCCUUCUCCGCCAUAUGCUUUGCAAUGACCUCUGUGAUCAACUGCAACCAGAAACACGGCAUAAACAUCCUUUCAUUGUCAUUAUCGUAAACGGGAAAGAAAUAAGACCUUUCAUGCUCAAAUGAGAGGAUUUGAGUAUACUCAAAUGUGAAAGACACAUGGCAACAAGAAACAGGCCCAAUUCUCUCACAAUUCUCUCUCAAGAUUUAGAAGUUGUAGUCUCAAUUGACUAAAUUAUAUAUUGUAAAUUACAUACUAAUUAGUUCAACAUUUAUCACAAAGUCACUCCAAUGGGUAACCAGUACACACUACAAAACACAUGUAUGAACACAACGCAAGCACCUUGAAGUUGUUGAUGGGGAUCUUGUGGACGUUGGCGUGGCUGGUGGCCAGGGGUUUGAGCAGAGCCGCGUGGUCGCCCCUGGUCUUCAGCAGCUCCCCCAGCUUCUUCAGGACCGUCGCCCCAUGGGAUGCGACCGCCACGCUGGCUGCCAGCUCCCCUACGCCAGCGAGCUUGGGGAACAGCUUCUGGGUGUCCGGGUGCUCUGUGAAUAAACUGG